AUGGACCAAAGAGAAAUUCUGCAGCAGCUACUGGAAAAGAUCCAGAAGAAGAAAAUUAACAAUGAAGAGUUUGUCAAUGAGUUUCUGAAGCUGAAAAGGCAAUCCACCAACUAUAAGGCAGACAAGACAUAUCCUACAACUGUGGCCCAGAGGCCCAAGAAUAUCAAGAAAAACAGAUAUAAGGAUAUUUUGCCCUAUGACCAUAGCCUGGUCAAACUGUCUCUGAUAACUUCUGAUGAAGAUUCCAGCUAUAUCAAUGCCAACUUUAUUAAGGGAGUUUAUGGACCCAGGGCUUAUAUUGCCACCCAGGGUCCUUUAUCAACAACUCUCCUGGACUUUUGGAGGAUGAUUUGGGAACAUGGUGUCCUGAUUAUUGUUAUGGCGUGUAUGGAGUUUGAAAUGGGAAAGAAAAAGUGUGAGCGCUACUGGGUGGAGGCUGGAGAGACGCAGCUGCACCUUGGCCCAUUCUCCAUAUCCUGGGAAUCUGAGAAUAAGAAAUCAGAUUAUAUAAUCAGGACGUUGAAAGUCAAGUUCAACAAUGAAGCUCGAACUAUUUACCAGUUUCAUUAUAGGAACUGGCCAGACCACGAUGUGCCUUCGUCUAUAGACCCCAUCCUGGAGCUCAUCUGGGACAUGCGCUGUUACCAAGAGGGUGACAGUGUUCCCAUAUGCAUUCACUGCAGUGCCGGCUGUGGACGGACAGGGGUCAUUUGUGCUAUUGACUAUACGUGGAUGUUGCUAAAAGAUGGGAUAAUUCCAGAGAACUUCAGUAUUUUUAGUUUGAUCCAAGAAAUGCGAACACAAAGGCCUUCACUAGUUCAAACUCAGGAACAGUAUGAACUCGUCUACAGUGCUGUGUUAGAAUUAUUUAAGAGACACAUGGAUGUUAUCGGAGAUAAGCACUCUGGAAGAGAGUUUCAAGCAAAAUAUACAAAUACUGGACAAAAUCCCACUCUCCACGCAGACUCUCGUUCUUCUAAUUUACCCAAAAACAGCAUCAAAGAUGUCCCGGUGACAAGCCCUAGACAAAGGAUGGAGGCGGAGAAGGCAGAAACAUCUUUCUUUGGUUGUAGGACUUCUGAAGCAAAUGCCAGAAAGGAGUUAGGGUUGCAUGCUGCUAAAUCAAGCCCUUCUUUUGACUUUUUAGAACUAAAUUAUGGUUGUAAAAAAAGUGCUGACACAAGCAUGAAGUGGCAGGUGAAGGCGUUCCCGGCAGCGGGAGAACCCCUUCAGAAGCACCGAAGCCUGGACUUCGGUUGCCUUUUGUUUGGGGCGUGUCCUAACUCCCAAUCCCUAAACGGCCCGGGAAGAUGUUUGAACUCAAAGGAGCCAGCCAUACGGACCAAAUCAACACCUUUUGAACUGAUACAGAAGAGAAAACCGCAGGAGGCAGACGCCCAGGACAAUGUUUCAUAUUUGGGAUCUCAACCGUAUGAUUCUUGCCUUGUGCGGGCUCAAAACGUGAUGCAUGUUUCUGCAGAAGAACUCAAUGACUCCCUGCUGCAUGCCUCCGAGCACCGCGUGUGUAGCGGAGCGCAGCCCGGCCCCCGUGCAGUCAGUGCACAUUCUCCCGCGUCCCUAGUAGAAGACCUCCACUUUCCAUCACCAUCUCCAAGCAGUGCUGACUCCAGGAUGUCUCUUGAUUUGCUCGAGAAGCAAGAUGGAACUGUUCUCAGUUGCUCUUUGAUACCAACAUCCUCUUCAACUUCCUUUUCUACUUGCAGUUCACAUGAUUCUUUAACAGUGAACUCUUUAGCUGGUUUUUCCCCACCACUGACCCAGGAGACAGCUGUAAUAGCAACUUCUCCAAGGAUAGAUGAUGAGAUUCCCCCUCCACUGCCUGAAAGGACACCAGAAUCUUUUAUUGUGUUGGAGGAGACUGAAUGUUCACCAAGUGCUCUCACAUCCUUACCUUCAGUUAUGAAGACAAAAAUUGCGACAUCAUUGGAAUGGAGUGGAAUGUCUGAAUCAAAGAUUGAUGACUCUGUAAGACUUAGGCCAAGCAAGGGUGUAAAAUUCCCAAGUCCCAAAUCAGAUCAGGAUUGUUCUUCCCCACCACCUCCACUUCCAGAAAGAACCCUGGAGUCCUUCCUUCUUGCUAAUGAAGACUGUAUUCAGGCCCAAUCUAUAGAAAUUCAUCCUCCUUGCUAUCCUGAGACCAUGAAAAAUACAACAUCUUCCAAACAAACAUUGAAGACUCCUGGAAAGAGUUUCACAAGAAGUAAGAGUUUAAAACUUUUGCGAAACGUCAAAAAGAGUAUCUGUAAUUCUUCCCCACCAAAAACAUCUGCAGAAUUUGUUCAGCCAAACUCUAGCAACUUUCUGAAUUUUGGUUUUGGAAAUCGCUUUUUAAAGCCCAAAGGACCAAGGAACCCACCACCAAAUUGGAAUAUUUAAUAUAAUUCUGGAUCUAUAAGAAUACAGGCUGAAGAUAUGUGUGCAAAUAAAACUACUAGAAUACUACUAGAUAAAACAAAUGAUACAUAUUCAUAAUAGCAACAAUGAAGACAUAUUGUAUCAAUAGGGUUUGAAAGAAAAA